GAAUUCUCACCACACAAACUUCCAUCCAAAAAAAAAAGUAGAGAGGAAAAAUGUCGGACUGCUUCGACGGCAAUGGUUUAGCAGCUAAAUCCUUUGCCCGUUUCGGCAUUACCCACAUGUUUGGCGUCGUGGGUAUACCUGUUACUUCUCUCGCCAACCGUGCCGUCCAAUUGGGUAUCCGUUUCAUCGCUUUUCACAACGAACAAUCCGCUGGUUACGCUGCUUCAGCUUACGGCUACCUCACGGGUCGACCCGGUCUUCUCUUGACCGUUUCCGGUCCUGGUUGUGUCCACGGUCUGGCCGGCUUGUCCAAUGCUAUGAUCAACACCUGGCCCAUGGUCAUGAUCUCCGGCUCCUCCGACCAGAAGGAUGCCGGCCUCGGAGAUUUCCAGGAGCUUGAUCAGAUCGAAGCUGUGAAACCCUUCUCGAAAUUCUCGGUUAAAGCCAAAGAUAUCAAGGAAAUUCCCAAUUGUGUUGCUAGGGUUUUGGAUCAUGCGGUUUCGGGUAGACCCGGUGGGUGUUAUUUGGAUAUACCAACCGAUGUACUGCAUCAAACGAUAACUGAAUCCGAAGCUGAGAAAUUGUUGACUGAAGUCGAGAAAGGACGGUCUUUUGAAGAACCUAAAGCUCCGCCGAAUUCUGAGAUCGAAAAGGCGGUUAGGUUGUUAAGGAAGGCGGAAAGGCCAUUGAUUGUGUUUGGCAAAGGGGCUGCUUAUGGCCGAGCUGAAGGGGAACUAAGGAAGUUUAUUGAAAGAACGGGAAUCCCCUUUUUGCCAACUCCAAUGGGUAAAGGACUGGUAAACGAUAACCAUGAGUUAGCCGCCAGUGCCGCGAGGUCACUCGCCAUCGGUAAAUGCGAUGUGGCGUUGGUGGUUGGAGCAAGGCUCAAUUGGUUAUUGCAUUUUGGGGAGAGUCCUAAAUGGGAUAAAGAUGUGAAGUUCAUUUUAGUGGAUGUCUGUGAGGAAGAGAUUAAGUUGAGAAACCCCCAUUUAGGUUUAGUUGGGGAUGCUAAGAAGGUUUUGGAGAUGAUUAAUAAGGAGAUUAAAGAUGACCCUUUUUGUUUAGGUAAGUCUCAUCCUUGGGUUGAGGCUAUUUCGAAGAAGGUGAAGGAUAAUGUGUCGAAAAUGGAAGCUCAGUUGGCAAAAGAUGUUGUGCCGUUUAAUUUUUUGACUCCUAUGAGAAUUAUAAGAGAUGCUAUUUUGGGGCUUGGGAGUCCGGCUCCGGUGGUGGUUUCGGAAGGGGCAAAUACUAUGGAUGUUGGUAGGUCCGUUUUGGUCCAGACAGAGCCUAGGACUAGGCUGGAUGCAGGAACUUGGGGGACAAUGGGAGUUGGUUUAGGUUAUUGCAUUGCAGCUGCUGCGUCUAAUCCCGAUCGGCUUGUGGUUGCGGUUGAAGGUGACUCGGGAUUUGGGUUCAGUGCAAUGGAGGUUGAGACAUUGGUUCGAUACAAGUUGCCAGUUGUAGUGAUAGUCUUUAACAAUGGCGGUGUCUACGGUGGUGACCGUAGGAGCCCUGAAGAAGUUACGGGCCCUUUCGAACACGAUCCUGCCCCCACUUCCUUUGUUCCGGGUGCCGCUUACCAUACUGUAAUGGAAGCAUUUGGGGGGAAGGGUUACCUUGUAGGGACACCUGAUGAAUUAAAAUCCACUCUUUCUGAAUCCUUCUCUGCAAGGAAGCCGGCUGUGAUAAAUGUGACGAUCGAUCCUUACGCCGGAUCAGAAAGUGGGAGAAUGCAGCACAAGAACUGAGUUGGUUUCUGUUGUCUCCUUUUUAACUUGAAGCCAGACGUGAUUUAUGUGAUAAUUGAUCCUUCCGAAGUGGGAGAAUGCAGGAGUAUCGGUUGUAUGAUUUUAAAUUUGUUUUUCCACCACUUACUGAACCCAAUGAAUAAUAUUGAAGUUUGAGUUUGAUUUGUGCUCACUUGUGAUAUAUAGAACAAAUACAGAUGAUGUCUUCUGC